CAACUAUUCCGCGAGGACGCGUCGCAAGUUGUUUUCACGCCUCUUUUGGAUGAAACACUGAAGUGGACAGAGAACCGACUGGUCUGUGAAGUGCAGAGUGAGGUUACAAAAUGGAUCAAGAUCAAUAAAAAAGACCGAGAAGACUCCCGUAAAAGAAAACGGAGCCAGAAGGAUGAGAUGAAAUUCAAAGAACUUUUGCCAGACCAGCUGGUAUUGCUCCUAGAAUUGCUGUUAGAAGUAAAAUCCUUCUCUUCCCGAACACUGCAGUUGCUACAGAAGCAUUAUUGCCUCAGGGAGCAGGAUGCAGAGGUGCGUCAUCGUUGGUAUGAGCUGGUCAUUAAACAUAAACACACAGUUGCAUACGGGGACUUGAUAAAGUUUUUGGAGCAGGAUCAGGCAAUGGGCGUGUAUCUCUAUGGGGAGUUGAUGGUUAAUGAAGAUGCCAAACAGCAACAUCUGGUUCACAGGUGCUUCACCAAGCUUCAAGAAGAGAUGGACCCAUCCUUAAGGAAAGUGGUAGCUGAAAUGAUACUCUAACCAAGUGAGAACCAGAGGUGUUAGAGGUUGCAGUUUGAGGAGAUGUUGAAGAAGAAUUAACGAAUUACUGGAGUGAUCUCUGUAGAUAAUUCAUGAUUCAGGUACUGUGCAUUGGUGGAAGAAUGAAUGAAUGUUUAAGGUUGUGACUGAGUGCUGAUCAAAUGGGCUGCUUUGUCCUUGAUGGUGUCAUGUUUCUUGAAUGCUGUUAAAUUGCACUCGUACAGGCAAGUGGAGACCAUUCCAUCACAAACCUGACUUAUUGGUUGUAGAAGGUGGAAAGACUUGGGGGAGUCAGGAUGUGAGUCACUACAGAUUUUUUUUUCCUUCUACUAAGAAGGGAGUUCUGGGAUUUUGACUCGAAAAUGAAGUAUGACAAUAUAAUUCUAAGUCUGAAUGUUAUGUGAACGGGAGGAGAAGCUGCAGGUUUACUGCAUGAUUAUGAAACACAGAAAUCUAGCACACAGGUGCAGCAAAUAGUCAGUAAGACUAAUGAAAUGUUGGCCCUUAUUUCAAGUGGAUUGGAGUAUAAGUAGAGAAGUUUUACUGCAACUGUAAACAGUGCUGGUGAGACCACAUCUGGAAUGUUGAGAGCAAUUUUGGUCCCUGUUGAAUCUGGUAGUUUUCCAUGAGAGUCUGAAUCCGGUGGUAGGUUCAGGCAGCCUUUAUUGUGACAUACACAUCAGUUACACCUUCAAAUCUUCAUAACAAAAAAGUUUCUAAGUCACUUAUUUUAUACAACUCAAGUUCAAAGUGCACAUGCCCCCUUGUAUACUAUUGGUCAGCAGAGCUGAGUUAUCCAACUCUGAUUGGAUCUUUGGUACAGCAUUUUAUGUCAGCAAUUUGCGUCAGCAAUUUCAAAGUAUACACACUGUAUUCAAGCACAUUCCUUCCCAAGCAUUUGCCAGUAGCAUCAUGUUAACUGCCAAUUAAUUGCAUACUUGCCUAUCACUUAAAGAGCUUUUAAAUUCCCUAUUAACUUCAUUGUAGGAAAUAGAAAAGAAUAUUGAUUUUUAUGAAUUGUCGUAAUAUCAGUUCCAACAAAAUUAUCUGUACAGAUUGAUUAAAUAAUUUGAGAGAUUCACUAAUUAAAUGUAAUGUGAUGUGUUCUUAUCUGUGUCUCAUGCGUAAACAACUGCAGCUGUGUAUUCUAUCUCAAUUCUGUUACCUUGAGUCUACAGAGAGCUGUGCAGGCAGAAUCCUUGUAUAUAUGUAAGACUAAGAUAGUCAGAUUCUUAAUCAGUAGAGGAAUUUAGGGUUACGGGGAAAAGGCAGGAAAGUGGACAUGAGGAAUGUCAGAUCGGCAAUGAUUCUACUGAAUGGCAGAGUAGACUCACGGCGCUGAAUGGCCUACUCCUGUUCCUGUUUUUUAUGAUCUUCUGAUUUGUUACAGAAGCUGCUGGGUCAGAAUCCUGGAAUCCUGCUGGAGUAGGAUUGGAGCGGGACCAGAAAAGAUGGGGUACUGAGACUGGGGCCAGGGGAAGAUGGGAAAAGUAAACUAAAACAAAGAACUAUGGAUGCUGCAGAUCUGGAACAAACAAACAAUAGAAAUGUCUGGAGAAACGCAGCAUGUUUGACAGCAUCUUUGGAGAGGAAACAAAGUUAACAUUUGAGUCUACUGACCUUUGUUCAGAACUUGGGAAAAUGGGAAAGGAUUUGGGAGGAGUGGAGUCUAAGGUUUGGAUUCUGACAGCUGUUUAUUUCCACAGCAACUCUCCCAUAU